CACCAUCAAAAAGGGGCAGGCGAAGGGGUUUAAGCGAGGGACGAAGCAAGCGGCUGGGGUUUUGGGCGAGCACAAAAUCGGGAAUUUAUCCUCUUUCCACCAAAUUUUAAUUCUUUCCCCUCUAUUUCAGCUGUUCGUUUAAUAUCUUCUCCAAUGGACGAAGUGAUUUGGAAUGCAGACAAAGAGGUUCUUGCCGAGAUUGUGAAGUUCACCCAAAAGCAAGGAUUGAAAGGUGGUGAAGGAGGAUGGAAGGAUUUUUUGCAUGGUCAUGAUAGAAGAUUUGGUGCUGGUGUAAGUGAUCCAGCAAGAAGAACUAAAGAUAUAUUGGUUACCUUUCUGCAAACGUUCGAGGAAAAACAUCUGAAGUUUUUUAACAAAUUGAUAAGACAUCUUACUGACUGCAAAGCAAUAAAGAAGUUCAUCACUGACUUUCCAGACCAAGAGACCCCUCAGCAGAGGCUGGUCUGUUUGACGAUGGAACAUCCACAUUUCUCACGAUGUUACUCUUUUCCAUCCCAUGAGGAGGAGUGGAUAAUGAUUCCACUAGGUACAGUUUCUAAGGCAAUGAAAUCAAAAGUUAUGCUUUCAAUUGAUUGUGAGAUGGUUCUUUGCGAGGAUGGUACUGAAGCAGUUGUAAAAGUAUGUGCAGUAGAUCACAAUUUGGAGGUUAAACUUGAUGAACUUGUAAAUCCCAACAAAGCUGUUGCCGACUACAGAACAGACACCUCUGGAAUAUCUGCUGAAGAUUUGGAGGGAGUUACUUGUUCAUUGGCUGAUAUUCAGAAAUCUCUUAAGAAGCUUUUGUCUCAUGGGACUAUUUUAGUUGGCCACAGUGUACAUAAUGAUUUACAAGUACUAAAAAUUAACCAUCCACGAAUUAUUGACACAUCGUACAUCUUCAAAAGUGUAGACUUGCCUACUGCUACACCUUCCUUGAACAAUUUAUGUAAGUCUGUGUUGGGUUCUCCAGUUCAACAAGAAGGUGAACCACAUGACUGCUUAAAUGAUGCAAAGGCUGCAAUGAAGCUGGUUCUCGCUAAGCUUGAAUAUGGAUUUGAUGAACCCAUUUCUGUGAUAAACAACAUGUCUGACUCUGAUUUAGCAAAGUUACUACUUCACAAAAUACCAGUUGAUGUUCCUUAUCAAGACCUGCUGAAACUAUUUCCCGAGAAAUAUAAUGUUGAUAUCGAGAAUGAUCUCAAGGUUCGAGGCCCCAACUAUGCUACAUUUGCUGUUUUCAAGGAUGACAGAGAGGCAUAUGAAGCAUUCGAAGGAAUAGAAGGCCUAGAACGCAGGGACCGCAGUGGUCGACCUCAGAAGCACAUCUUCUUACAAACUAGCUCUGGCAAAACCAUCAGCUUGUAUGUUCGAAGGAUGACAGCUGCUGCUCCACUCAAUGGACAUGAUCUAUCAAAUAAGAGGCGGGCACCAGAUGAGAAUGGUGACCCAAGAAGGCAGCACUCAGAAGAUGAGACCAAGGAUUCAAAAAGGCAACGGACAUGUUUACAUCACUGUGAGCAUGUUAAAGAGAUUGAGAAAUUGAAAGAGGAGCUCUGUCAGAGAGAGGAUGAAAUAUUCGAGUUGCAAAAGAUUAUCGCUGCCCUUGCUAGGAAAGAUGGAUUGUGAUAUAAAAAAAAUGUCAUCACACAUACAUUUCGAGAAACUGGUUGUAACAUCAUUUCCAUUUUGAUAGCAGUAAUCCUGUACUAAUUGGCUUCCCAUUUAUAUCGG